AUGACAUUAUCUCUGUUUUUGUCACUUCUUUAUUCCUAUUCUGCAGUUGCCCUGAGGGAGGAUGACAAGAUCGUUGGAGGGUAUGAGUGUCCAAAAAAUUCUGUGCCCCACCAAGUGUCUCUCUUCACUGGGUACAACUUCUGUGGUGGGACUCUUCUGUCUGAUGAGUGGGUGCUCUCUGCUGCACACUGCAAAACAAAGUCAAAUGUAGAAGUUCGACUGGGAGAGCACGACAUCUGGGAAUCUGAGGGGACUGAACAGCACAUCAUGUCUGCCAAGUUUAUCCGUCACCCUGAUUACAGCUCCCGCACACAGGACAGUGAUAUCAUGCUGAUCAAACUGAGUCGACCUGCCACUUUUAACAGCUACGUACGUCCUGCUCCACUUCCUUCAAAGUGUGCCAAAGAUGGGACAGUGUGCCAAAUCUCUGGAUGGGGUAGUCUUCGUCCCAGCAAUGAGGGCUCGAGGUACCCUGCUAAGUUGCAGUGCCUGGAUGCCCCUCUCCUGAGUGAUGAUACAUGCUUCAAUGCAUAUCCUUUCCAAAUCACUGAAAACAUGAUCUGUGCUGGCUAUCUUGAGGGAGGGAAGGACUCCUGCCAGGGGGACUCCGGAGGUCCGAUGAUGUGUGACGGAGAACUCCAAGGAGUUGUGUCUUGGGGGCAUGGCUGUGCUCUGAGAAAAAAGCCUGGGGUGUACACAAAAGUUUGCAAUUACAUCUCCUGGAUCAAGAACACCAUGGCGUCUGGCUGAGCAG